AUGAUCAAGACUCAGCUAAAGGAUAUCCCUCCAUGGCAAGCUAGCGAAGACAGCGACAACGAAGAAGAUCAGUUAUACCACCCACAAUCAGCAUGUAAUGAUCAAUAUGAAUAUGAAGAAGACGAUAUCAUGUUAGACCAUGCCUCCUCUAUGACCUCUUCUCCAAGUAUCCCCGAUGAAAACAUUGACUUUGAUUCAGUCUAUGCUUUGCAUGCUUUUGUUGCCACAGUCGAAGGUCAGGCUACAGCAAACAAAGGCGACGCUCUACUGCUAAUGGAAGAUGAAAAUACAUAUUGGUGGCUAGUUGAGGUCCUUCACAGCGGAGAAAUAGGCUAUAUUCCUGCCGAGAACAUUGAGACACCUUACGAGAGACUAGCAAGAUUAAACAAGCACAGAAAUGUUGAUAUAACCACG